CAUCCAGCUGCAUCCAUGACCACAUUGCAGUGCUCCUGGAGGAUUGAGAGCAAACACGAGGUCACGAUCUUAGGAGGACUCAAUGAAUUUGUCGUGAAGUUUUAUGGACCACAAGGAACACCAUAUGAAGGUGGAGUAUGGAAAGUUAGAGUCGACCUUCCUGAUAAAUACCCCUUCAAAUCCCCAUCUAUAGGAUUCAUGAAUAAAAUUUUCCAUCCUAACAUCGAUGAAGCGUCAGGAACUGUAUGUCUAGAUGUAAUCAAUCAAACUUGGACGGCUCUCUAUGAUCUCACCAAUAUAUUUGAAUCGUUCCUGCCCCAGCUGCUGGCCUAUCCUAACCCUAUAGAUCCUCUAAAUGGUGACGCUGCAGCCAUGUACCUCCACCGACCAGAAGAGUACAAACAGAAAAUUAAAGAAUACAUUCAGAAAUAUGCAACAGAAGAAGCACUAAAAGAGCAGGAAGAAGGCACCGGGGACAGCUCGUCUGAGAGCUCCAUGUCCGACUUCUCGGAAGACGAGGCUCAGGAUAUGGAGUUGUAGUAGAAGAGGCAACCUGCUUUUCAGAGAGACUCUAAUUUCCUAACCAUGAGAAGCAGACUAUAAUAUUCAUAUUUAAACAAAGCAAUUUUUUUUAUUACUAAACAAGGUUUUUAUGAAUAAUAGCAUUGAUAUAUAUAUAUAUAUAUAUAUCACCCUUUAGAUCUUGAUUUUUUUUUUUCUUGGUCAUUUCUCAACCCGAGGUGCAUAGCAUAUUCCCACAUUCCAUUUUGGUAGCAAUAUGCAGCCCAAAUGCAUGCAUUCAGAUUCCAUUUGGCCAAGUCAAACUUGUGUGCUACUGAACUGUCAGCUCAAACAGCUGCCCUGGUAGGUAGGGAGUUAGCAAAGAGGUUUGCUUUCCGAUCGAUGUUUCCAAAGAACACCACCUUGGAUGCUCACAUGGAACAGCGUUUUCUCUUCAGAUCAGUCUGAGGGGAUGUGCUAUGAACUACACAGAUCAGACAGUGGGAUGGAAGGUGCUCCUUCAGGUCAACCUCGCCGAUGGUUUUGGAUGCGGAGUCACAUUUAAAACGUUCGACAGAACCAGCACCGAUGCAUGGAGCUCCUCAGAGCCUUGAAGUUUAGACUGGGAUUUUCAGUCCGUUUUUUCUAUGUGGACUCCUGCCUGCCCUUCUGAACCGUAGGGACUGACAACCACUGCUCCAUCCAUCCGCUUUUGGGACUUUUGGGAGCCUUCAUCUGGAUGUUAUUCUUUCGGUCUGGAUUACGAGCUGUUCCCUCGCCGGGAGGAAUGAAACACAAACAAUGCUCUUUGGUUUAGCUGGAGCACGUGCGUAGCCCAACUCUUCCUUCGUCAUCCUUUUUGAAACUGCUGCCCUUCGUGGCUCCAAGUUUCGCUUUUUUCUCUUGCUUGAAGGAUGCUUGAACACCUCGCCAGCACCUCCAUCUCCUGGGGGGGCUCUGAGCAGAUGGAUGAGCCGUGCUGAGAGCUUGGGAUCCGCGGAGAUCGGCCCCGUUGGCUGCGGUCCACGAAUCCAUCGGCACCCAUUUUAUUUUCCUUUUUCUCCCCUUCUGCACCAGCUUGGUAGCCAUCUGCUUGUGUGUGUACAACAGGAUUAAAAUUUCUUAAAGUUAACAAAGAAUGUGAUCUAGGAGAAAAAAAAAAAAAAAAAAAUGAGAUGAAUAAUAAUAAUAAAAAAAAAAAAAGCCUAAAAGCACCAAUUGAGGAAGCAAGUGAAUCUGCUCUUCUUUUUUUUUUUUUUUUCCUGAUAUAUAUAUAUAUACUUUUUUUUUUCUUUGACAAAUGAAAUAUUUGAUUUCUUCGGGUGUUUUUCCGCAAGCUGAGAUUUGUGUUUGUUUGUUUUGAUGCUAAGGAACGGAGCAAAUGUCUACCUGGGAUGCUGGUAUACUUGAAUUUGGAUAAUCGUGCGUUGGAGAUCGGAGUGGAGAUGGAUAUUAAACCUGAACGUGACCUGCUGUAUUUUGGGGGGGGAUUUCGGAGGGGUUUGGGUGAGAUAUUUUGAUGUGUGGCGCAGCCUAUGGGACGAUGCAUGGGAACUGAUGCAGCCCGUGCUGCUCUGAGCAGAGUUCUGAACGUCGGGUCGGUGCGUUUGGCUUUUCCCAGCCGUGUUUUCCUUUAGGAGCGCCACCGAGUUCCGAGUCAGCGGGGUUGGAAGGGUUACAAUCCUAUUUCUAAUUCACAUAAAGCACAAUCGAUUCGUUUUGAAGAAAAAGAACUCAUAAAGUACCAUUUUGCUUUAGCAUGAUUUUCCUUAAUAAAAAAUAUACAAAGAA